GUGAUCACAUGUAACAGGAAUAUAUAUACUCUUCAAAUAACAGACACUACAGGCAGUCACCAAUCUCCAGAAAUGCAGAGAUUGAAUACUGGUAAAGGACAUGCUUUUAUUCUUGUCUAUGCCAUCACCAGCAAGCAGAGUCUUGAAGAGCUUGCGCCAAUUUACGCUCUUAUAAGUGAAGUAAAGGGUAACGUUGAAGGUAUUCCCAUGAUGCUCGUUGGCAACAAGAACGAUGAGGAAGAAAACCGUGAAGUGCAAUACCAAGAUGGCAUGGCCCAAGCUCACAAAUGGAAUUGCAAUUUCAUGGAAACGUCAGCCAAGAACAACACCAACGUCAAAGAGAUGUUUCAAGAACUUCUGAACAUGGAAAAGUCUAGAAACGUCAGUCUCCAAAGCGAGAGACGAACUUUAGCCCAGUUCAGGAAAGACAAUUUGAAGGGCAAAUGCCUCAUGAUGUGACGUCACAUCGAUCUUUCGAGAAUUCCAUUAUACACUACUUAUUAGUGUUUCCCGAAUAAACUAAUUCAGUUUCAUAGACAUUAUUUA